AUGGGUCCAAUAUACUUACACUACUCCUUCCAUGCUGCCAUCGCUGCUCAUCAUGCACCAGUUGCACCAGCCAUGUAUCCCAAAUGUAAGCCGUCGUCCACUACUAGUACCCCUGCACCUGUACUUCAAAAAGUGCAGAAUUCUCCUGGAGGAUUCUAUGCUGCUAUGCCGAGACUUAUUCAUCAUGUCGAAUACUUCAUAGGUGGACAGCACAGAAAUAUUCUUGUCAGCAAGGGAGGUGGGCUCCAACCCACAGAGUUCAUCAUCUGUGGUGUGUUUGAGAUUAGUUGCAAUGACUUUAAUUUCACCCCAGAUGGAAAUUUUAAUCCCUCAAAUGUAUUUCAUGGUUGCUUUGCAGACAUGAAAUUGAGCUGUCAGCUCACUGCUGGCCAUAACGAUGCAUUCCGAUUCUCAUCAGAAGACUUCCCAGAUGUUCUCAACAAUCUUGCUCAUUUUGAGGGAUUAAUCCCGAGGCCAGGAGGGUAUGAUAAACUCAGCAUUAUUCAUGAUUCACUCAGCCAAAGAUCCAUCAAACUGACACACAGUCUUUUCAAAGCCAAUAAAGAGGAUCAGCAAGAUUUUGCUGGCGAAGUUUAUGGUGAUGAAAACUACUUGACUGAUAGCCUAAGCCCCAACUUCAACAUUACCACCUGGCCAGUGGCCGACCAAUGCAAAGGCCAUUUGCAGGGCCUCAUUUCAACUAAUAUCAUCUGCCCCCUGCCAGCAUAUGACUUGGAUCACACCCUCAUCCUACCAUCUCAGUAUGAGUCAAAACUGAAGGGCACACUCAUUGAAGUGCAUAUGGCAUUUUGUCACUAUUGA